UUUCUAAUAGGUUAAUUGCAGCAAGAGCAAAAAUGGCACUCAGUCUGAGUGUUAUCCUGUUCCUAACUGUGCAUCUCUUGCCUAGAAUGAAAAGCUCAAUGGUAACUUUGAAUAAUAAUGGGUAUGAUGGCAUUGUCAUUGCAAUUAACCCCAGUGUGCCAGAAGAUGAAAGACUCAUUCAAAACAUAAAGGAAAUGGUAACUGAGGCUUCUACAUAUCUGUUUCAUGCUACCAAAAGAAGAGUUUACUUCAGGAAUGUAAGCAUUUUAAUCCCAAUAACCUGGAAGUCAAAAUCCGAGUACUUAACGCCAAAGCAGGAAUCGUAUGACCAGGCAGAUGUCAUAGUUGCUGAUCCUAACCUAAAAUAUGGAGAUGAUCCUUACACACUUCAAUAUGGACAAUGUGGAGAAAAAGGACAGUAUAUACAUUUCACUCCAAACUUCCUGUUGACUGAUAAUUUGCCUGUCUACGGGCCCCGAGGCAGAGUAUUUGUCCAUGAGUGGGCCCAUCUCCGAUGGGGAGUAUUUGAUGAGUAUAAUGUGGACCGGCCAUUCUAUGUUUCCAGAAGGAACACCAUUGAAGCAACAAGAUGCUCAACUCAUAUCACUGGUGUUAAUGUGGUUUUCAAGGAAUGCCAGGGAGGCAGCUGUAUAACAAGGCCGUGCAGACGUGAUUCACAGACGGGGCUGUAUGAAGCAAAAUGUACAUUCAUCCCAGAAAAAUCCCAGACUGCAAGGGAAUCCAUUAUGUUUGUGCAAAGUCUCCACUCAGUGACUGAAUUUUGUACAGCAAAAACACACAAUACAGAAGCUCCAAACCUACACAACAAAAUGUGCAAUAGGAGAAGCACAUGGGAUGUAAUCAUGGGCUCCAGUGACUUCCAGAAUGUAUCUCCCAUGACAGGAACAAACCCACCAUCUCAUCCCACGUUUUCACUGCUUAAGUCCAAACAGCGAGUUGUCUGUCUGGUACUUGAUAAAUCUGGAAGCAUGGAUUCAGAAGACCGUCUCUUUCAAAUGAAUCAAGCAGCAGAAUUAUUCUUGAUUCAAAUUAUCGAAAAGGGAUCCUUGGUUGGGAUGGUCACAUUUGAAAGUUUUGCUAAAAUUCAAAAUAAUCUAACCAGGAUAACUGACCACAACGUUUACCAAAACAUCACUGCAAAUCUGCCUCAAGAGGCCAGUGGUGGAACUGCAAUUUGCAGCGGACUCGAAGCAGGAUUUCAGGCAAUUAUCCAGAGUAACCAGAGUACUUCUGGUUCUGAAAUCAUAUUACUAACAGAUGGGGAAGAUGAUAAAAUAAGCCUGUGCUUUGAGAGAGUAAAACAAAGUGGUGCAAUCAUUCACACCAUUGCUCUGGGACCUUCUGCUGACAAAGAACUGGAGAUGCUGUCAAAUAUGACAGGAGGACAUCGUUUCUAUGCCAAUAAAGACAUAAAUGGCCUCACUAAUGCUUUCAGUAGAAUUUCAUCUAGAAGCGGCAGCAUCACUCAGCAGGCUAUUCAGCUGGAAAGCAAAGCCCUAAAUAUUGCAGGGAGGAAAUGGAUAAAUGGUACAGUGCCUGUGGAUGGUACAGUUGGAAAUGACACUUUCUUUGUUGUCACAUGGACGAUAAAAAAGCCAGAAAUUCUUCUCCAAGAUCCAAAAGGAAAGAAAUAUGAAACCUCAGAUUUCAAAGAAGAUAAACUAAAUAUUCGGUCUGCUCGGCUUCGAAUACCAGGUAUUGCCGAGACAGGUACUUGGACUUACAGCCUUCUAAAUAAUCAUGCCAGCUCUCAAAUGCUAACGGUGACAAUGACUACUCGAGCAAGAAGUCCUACUACACUCCCAGUAAUUGCAACUGCUCACAUGAGCCAAAAUACAGCACAUUUCCCUAGCCCACUGAUCGUUUAUGCACAAGUCAGUCGAGGGUUUUUGCCUGUUCUGGGAAUCAAUGUAACAGCCACUAUAGAAACUGAAGACGGACAUCAAAUAAUAUUGGAGCUCUGGGACAAUGGUGCAGGUGCUGAUACUGUCAAGAAUGAUGGCAUCUACUCAAGAUAUUUUACAGAUUACCAUGGAAAUGGUAGAUACAGUUUAAAAGUACAUGCCCAGGCAAGAAACAAUACGGCUAGGCUAAGUUUAAGACAAGGACAGAACAAAGCCCUGUAUAUACCAGGCUAUGUUGAAAAUGGUAAAAUUAUACUGAAUCCACCCAGACCUGAAGUCAAAGAUGACAUGGCAGAAGCUGAAAUAGAAGACUUUAGCAGGCUAACCUCUGGAGGGUCGUUCACUGUAUCAGGGGCUCCUCCUCCUGGUAAUCACCCUCAAGUGUUCCCACCCGGUAAAAUUACAGACCUUGAGGCCAAGUUUAAAGAAAGUCAUAUUCAACUUUCAUGGACAGCUCCUGGUAACGUCCUAGAUAAAGGAAAAGCCAACAUCUACAUUAUAAGAAUAAGUAGGAAUUUCCUGGAUCUCCAAGAAGAUUUUGAUAACGCUACUUUAGUGAACACUUCUAGUCUAAUACCUAAGGAGGCUGGCUCAAUAGAAAAUUUUGAAUUUAAGCCAGAAUCUUUUAGAAUAGAAAAUGGCACCAAAAUCUACAUUGCAAUUCAAGCCGUCCAUGAAGCUAACCUCACCUCAGAGGUUUCUAACAUUGCACAAGCAACCAGGUUUAUGCCUCUGCAGGAAGCCAGCGUUCCUGCUCUGGGUACCAAGAUUUCUGAAAUCAGUUUGGCAAUUUUUGGAUUAGCUAUGACUUUAUCUAUAAUUUAAACUAGGAAUUGUAUCAGAACUGAAAUUCAACGUUAUGCAUACUUGGUAAACAUUUAUUUAGAAUUUAAUUUGUCAUACUCAUCAUCUAUUGUAAAACUCUUUAAAAUAUAUAAAUGAAUGUACAAAAGUUGUAAGUGUCCUUAGUACUUGAGUUCAUUAGUUCUAAUUAGUUGCUACAUGUAAAUCAAAAUGAAUACACCAUUUUCUAUCUUUGAAAAAUCCAUUUAUUAGCUUAAUAGAACAUAAAAUGCAUAUUUGUACUUGUUGGCUUUUUAAGAAACAUUUUCAAAGUGUAUUACAAAUUCACUUUAUAUAUUAACAAAAUCAGAAUUUAUCCAAACCAUCUGAAAAAUAUUUAGGAAUCCACAAUAGAAAUAAUUUUAUGGUAGAAUUAUUUAGGUUUCAUUUUUGAUUAUGAAUGAAUACUUCAUAUUAUACUUAAUAUAAACCAUAAUCAAAAAAGACAAUAAAGAUAAUUUUUCAAUGAGAAAUUUGUUUUUUAUCAUUGAUGAAAAGUGGUAUAUCAAAACUUUGACCCUAGGUAUAAAAUGAUUGUUAGACAGCAAGAAUGCUUUCUUUUGCAUGAAUUGUGGAACAUCAUUAAAGUUCCAUUUUUAUGCUGAGACUGUUAUUAGGUACUAAGACUAUCACUAAGAUGCUCCAUCAGGGCAGGGAUUUUUUUUUUUUCACUGCUGUAUCCUCAGCAUCUAGAAUAGUAUUUGACACACAAUUGAUAUUCAGUAAAUUUCAUGAAGCAAACUAAUGAGCAUUUUCAUACUGUCAAAGAAAUUCAAAUUUGACCAAUUACAUCAAAAAAUAUCCACAAAAUAUGAUGUGUACAUGGUAUUGUAAGGAUUUGAUAUACUGAAAACUAACCACUCAAUAACAGUGAUCUGAGUCAACAUGUAGCAUUUCAGGAAAUUAAAUGUAUCAUGUCUAUAGAAUUUAUAAACUACCUAAUAAAAUAUAAAUUAAACUA